CGGCGUAUCGCAUCAAUUCAAAUCGUAUUAAAUCCGAUCUGACACUUGCGCGUACAGUUUUAACUCGACAAUUCACAAUUGUUAAUCAAUCGUCCCAUCUAACAAGUCGAUAUUUUGUAAUAUUAAAAUUUGCGUCAGAUCAACAAAAUCGGUCUAAUUUAUUUUCUCUUGAACUGUCGCUAUACUGUAUAAUACUCGAAAACAGACGAUUAAAAUAAUAUAUCACUCACUGGACUACUGAUUGUCAUGGACUUGGCCAAUAUCCUUAAAACUAGUAUACUAAUAUUAAUCGUUAACUUGCUACAGAUGAUCGAUUGCGUUUUGCCACAAGAACUCAAAAAAUCACCUCAUAUUGUACUCAUGAUUGCUGAUGAUUUGGGUUGGAAUGAUGUUGGAUUUCACGGAUCUAUACAAAUACCUACGCCAAAUAUUGACGCACUUGCUUAUAACGGUGUGAUAUUGAAUCGUCAUUAUGUCCAACCAACUUGUACUCCAUCGAGGGCUGCUUUGCUUACCGGAAAAUAUCCGAUUCGCUAUGGAUUACAAGGUCCACCCAUUGCUGCUGGCCAAGCUUCAGCACUGCCAAUAAAUGAAAAAAUUUUACCAAAAUAUCUGAAAGAGUUGGGCUAUUCAACACACUUGGUGGGAAAAUGGCAUUUGGGCUGUUAUCAAAAACGUUUCACUCCCACAAAAAGGGGAUUUGACAGUCAUUUCGGUUACUGGAACGGAUAUAUCAGUUAUAGAAACAGCAUACAUGCUACAAAAACAAUGAGUGGUAUCGAUGCCAGGCGUGGAUUCGAAAGGGUAGGAAAUGAGAUGAACAACGAUCGGUACGCAACUGAUGUUUUCACAGACGAAGCUCGUAAAGUUAUAGAAUCAAGUAAACAGGAAAACAAAAAAAUGUUUUUAAUGGUAAGUCAUUUGGCCGUUCAUUCAGGGAAUAARGGACCAAAUAAAUUAGAAGUCUUGAAUAAAACCUACAACGAUGAGAAAUUCAGUUAUAUUGAAAAUGAAAACAGAAAACUUUAUGCAGGUGGGAAUUCUAAAGACUUAGGUAAAAUUGAUGGUAUCGAUCAGUGGAAAAGUUUAACUGAUUCUUUGGAACAAGUAAGAUCAAAUGUUUUAAUCAAUAUAGAUGAGAAAAGUGGAGAGGAAGCCUUAAUUUUCAACCAAUGGAAAAUUGUGAAAAGUAACCGUACAAGUAACAUGGUUUUCAACCUGAAGUACGGCGGGGAUCCUGGUAACACAGGACCAGAGUAUAAUAUGUCAAGUGUAGUGGCGAGUGUCGUCGGUACUCGUCUAUCAGAAAUCAACUGUUUGACCAAGAACGGCUGCAUGAACGCGUCGACAGCGCGAAACUUGUUCAACGUUACCCGUUCAUUGGCCAAAGUCGACGGUCAAACGUGCGCAGAGCGCAUAUCCAGCCCAAAUCCAGACCAACGGUAUGAAUGUUUUGACAGCUACUGUUUCUUCGACACCCUCCAAGACCCCUGCGAGUAUCGAAAUGUGGCUCAACAGAACCCCCAGGUGCURAACACGACAAUCYUCAUACUGGAACAGUUCAAAAAGGAAAUGACAAUGCAAGCACCUAAGCCGAUAACUGAUCCCAACGCGGAUCCUCGUCGAUUUUCCGGUUAUUGGGAGCAUUGGCUGGAACCCUUUGAUAAAGCUUAAAUAUAACUUCUGUUACCAUGUGUUAUUAAUGUAAUAUUAUGCUGUUUUCAAUAAUUGUG